AUGACCCUUGCUGGGUCACCGACGACCUCGCCAUCAUCCAGUGGAUAUACACACGUGUGUCCACUAAGAUUUUCAACCUUUGUCUUCCGCGAGGCUGCCACCGCCGCCACCCUAUGGGCGUCUCUCCGCCAGCUCUUCCAGGACAACGCUGACGCCUGGAUCAACAACCUCCACUCCGAGAUCCGCAACACCCCUCAGGGGGCCUCAUCGCUCAGCGUCUACUGCCAGGACAUCCAGACGAUGGCGGACGAGCUCCGGGAACUUGGUGAUCCCAUGCCCGAUCGUCAGCUCAUCAACAUCCUGCUACAAGGGCUCAGUGAUCGGUUCAAGACGCAUGUGGCCAUGAUUCCCUUUAUGCGGCCACAACCCACCUUCUCCAAGAUCCGGUACCUGCUACAGAACACCAACGACGAUCUGACGCGCUGGGAGGCGUGCCCCCAUGUCUUCGCCGCCUCGACACGGCCCCCGCUCCUGCCCGAUCCACCAGGCCACCAGGUCCACCAGGGCCAACCAUCUGCUGCGGCCGGCCCCCCGGUCCCGUUUCCCGCCUCGGCCGGGGAAGAACCCCAUGUACUGGCUGCCGUGGCCAGCCUCUUCAUCGACAUCGGCUCACCCUGCCCCGACACGAGCACCACCUGCGCCUGCGCCUCCGGCCCCCCUACGGCUCCCUCUUGGCGCACGCCCCAUGACCCGUGGACCGGCAUGGUUCAGACGUGGCCCAUGCCGUGGUCGGCUCCCUCGCCGCUUGGUGCCCCUCCGGCGUACACCGGCACCUGGGCGCCCGAACUUCACCCCCAUACUGGCGCUCCUGGCCUCCUCGCGCCACGUGCUCCGCCGAACGCCUACUACGCCGCCCCGACCUACCAUGACAGGGGGAUGUCCUACAUGCAAUACCAUCAUCCACCACUGUACCAGCCUCCCCCUGUGCUCAUGGCGCCUCCUCUGACUGCACCGCUUCAUCCCUCGACACUGACUGCUGCACCUUCACCAAGCUGGGACCAUUCUGCGUUCUUGAAGGCCAUGAACAACUUUGCUGCCCAGGGGAACUCAGCACCAGUUACGGUCUCGUGCUCAUCUGCAGAAGCCAAGUAUCGAGCUGUUGCACAUGCGGUUGCGGAGACGCAAUCCAGUCCAGCAUCGGAGGACAAAGCAUAUUGA